GACAACAUAUGUAUUUCUUCAAAUGAGACUCAUUUGACAACACUGGAUAAAAUGAGAUGCUUGCGGAAACGUUCAGCAGUGUCAUUCUUAGGGCUCCUUGUCAUUUGCCUUCUCUUCAUGAACUUGUACAUUGAAGAUGGGUAUGUCUUGAAGGGAGACAAACAGCUCAUUAGAGAAACAUCCACACAUCAACUGAAUUCAGAACGUUAUGUGCACACUUUUAAAGAUUUAUCUAAUUUCUCAGGAGCCAUAAAUGUCACCUAUCGCUAUCUAGCUGGCACUCCAUUACCAAGAAAAAAGUACCUAACAGUUGGACUUUCAUCAGUCAAAAGAAAAAAAGGAAACUAUUUGCUUGAAACAAUCAAGUCUAUAUUUGAGCAAUCCAGCUAUGAAGAACUGAAGGAAAUUGCAGUGGUAGUUCAUCUUGCAGAUUUUGACUUACCUUGGUGUGACAGUAUGGUACGAGAUAUUACACAGAAAUUUGCUCACCACAUAAUCGCUGGCCGAUUGAUGGUCAUACAUGCUCCUGAGGAAUAUUACCCAAUCCUGGAUGGCCUUAAAAGAAAUUAUAAUGAUCCAAAUGAUCGAGUCAAGUUUCGAUCCAAGCAGAACGUGGAUUAUGCUUUCCUCCUUAAUUUUUGUGCCAACAUUUCAGACUAUUAUGUAAUGUUAGAAGAUGAUGUUCGAUGUUCAAAAAAUUUCUUGUCUGCCAUUAAGAAAGUGAUCACGUCACGAGAAGGUUCUUACUGGGUGACGCUGGAAUUUUCCAAGCUUGGCUACAUUGGAAAACUCUACCAUUCCCAUGAUCUCCCACGACUGGCACAUUUUUUGUUAAUGUUUUACCAGGAAAUGCCUUGUGAUUGGCUAUUGAUUCAUUUCCGUAGUCUCCUGGCUCAAAAGGAUGUGAUGCGUUUUAAACCUUCUCUGUUCCAGCAUAUAGGAUAUUAUUCCUCAUACAAAGGAGCAGAGAACAAAUUAAAAGAUGAUGACUUUGAAGAGGAUUCAUUUGACAUCCCUGACAAUCCACCUGCAGAGCUAUACACAAAUAUGAAUGUAUUUGAAAAUUAUGAUGCAAGCAAAGCAUAUAGCAGUGUUGAUGAGUACUUUUGGUCCAAGGCACCUGCAGUAGGAGAUUAUUUUGUAAUUGUAUUUGAAAAGCCCAUCAAUAUCAGCAAAAUUAAAGUGAGUACUGGAACAGAAGAUCGACAAAAUGACAUCUUGCAUCAUGGAGCUCUGGAAGUUGGUGAAAAUAUAGGGUGGAGCAAAAAGGGAAAACAGUGUGCCACUUACUUGAGACUAGGGGAAUUCCAAAAUGGAAACUUUGAAAUAGCAGAUGUGAAGCACAAAGUUCCAUUUGAUAUUCACUGUAUAAGAAUACUUGCCACCAGAACACAAAAGGAAUGGCUGAUCAUUAGGAGUGUUAGUAUUUGGACUUUUCAGCCAGUGAAUCAAUGA